ACACUGCAAUAGCAGUAAAAAUGUCGCAGUUGGUGUUCCUUACUCGCAGUGUGCUGCUUAGUGGACAGCAGGCGGCGGGCGUUGGUGCUGUCAGGGCCGCCCUGCAAUGUGCCUUUUCCACGAGCAGCUCUAUCCGUCAUUCACAGCCACAGGCAGCCGAAACAGUGAGCUCGGACACUAGCGUGUCUCGAUGGAUCAGGGAGCUGGGCGUCGUUCGCACGGACUGGACGCGAGAGGAAGUUUCAGAGGUAUACAAUGCGCCUCUGCUGGACCUUGUUUAUCGGGCGGCAAGCGUGCAUCGUAUGUAUAACGACCCGUCAAUGGUGCAACGCUGCACGCUGCUUAGCAUUAAGACGGGUGGCUGCCCUGAGAACUGCGGCUACUGCAGCCAGAGCAGCCACUGGAGCAAGGAUACGGGACUGAAGGCGGAGAAGCUGAUGGACCUAGAGGAGGUCUACCAGGCCGCCCUGCGCGCCAAGGAGGCGGGCAGCACUCGCUUCUGCAUGGGGGCGGCGUGGCGGGGGCCCUCGCAGGUGGGUCAGCGGCAGUGGGAGCGCGUGCUGGAGAUGAUCCGCCGCAUCCGGGGGCUGGGCAUGGAGGUGUGCACCACGCUGGGCAUGCUGUCCCCCGAGCAGGCAGCCCAGCUGCGGCAGGCGGGGCUCACCGCCUACAACCACAACCUGGACACCUCCCCCGAGUUCUACGGCAAGAUCACCACCACCAGGAAGUAUGAGGACCGGCUAGCCACGCUGGCGGCGGUGCGGGAGGCGGGCAUCAGCGUGUGUGCGGGCGGCAUCAUCGGGCUGGGGGAGGGGCCGGCGGACCGCGUGGGGCUGCUGCACCAGCUGGCCAGCCUGCCCGCACACCCGGAGAGUGUGCCCAUCAACCGGCUGGUGGCGGUGAAGGGGACGCCGCUGCAGGAUGCGGAGCCGGCUGCCGGUAUAGACCUGGUCCGCUGCAUCGCCACCGCGCGCAUCCUCAUGCCGCGCACCGUGGUGCGCCUCUCCGCCGGCCGCCUGGACCUCAGCCGCGGCGACCAGGCGCUCGCAUUCCUGGCCGGCGCCAACUCCAUCUUCGACGGCGACAAGCUGCUCACCACCCCCAACAACGACAGGAAUGAGGAUGCGGCCAUGUUUGCCGAGCUGGGACUCAGGUCGCGGCCCGCGUUUGUGCCGUACGCGGCGGGUAACGAGAGCUCCAAGAGCUUUGUGGAGGGGGCGGAGGGCGGCGGAUGCUGCGGGGGCAGCCAGG